GCAUCCUGGGACUCAAAUAAACAUAGUGGUGCUGUUCCACAGUUGACAGGAGCAAGAUUCUUCUCAUUUGAGGAGCUCAAAAAAAAUGACAAACAAUUUUUCAGAAACUAAUGAUAUUGGAUCUGGUGGUUAUGGCAAGGUUUACAGAGGAACUCUUCCAAAUGGACACCUGGUUGCAGUUAAAAGAGCUCUACAAGGGUCUAUGCAGGGUGCACUUGAGUUCAAAACUGAGAUAGAACUUCUCUCAAGGGUUCAUCACAAGAAUGUCGUUGGCCUUGUUGGCUUCUGUUUUGAUCAAGCUGAACAGAUGCUGGUGUAUGAGUAUAUUCCUAGUGGCACCUUAAAAGAUGGUCUUUCAGGCAAGACUGGGAUCAGGUUAGAUUGGAUGAGGAGACUGAAGAUAGCCCUCGGAGCAGCCCGAGGUUUGCAGUAUCUUCACGACCUUGUCAACCCUCCUAUCAUACACAGAGACAUCAAGUCCAACAACAUCUUGCUGGAUGAACGCCUAAACGCAAAAGUUGCUGAUUUUGGUUUGUCCAAGCUUCUGUUGCAAGACUGGGAUCAGGUUAGAUUGGAUGAGGAGACUGAAGAUAGCCCUCGGAGCAGCCCGAGAGACAUCAAGUCCAACAACAUCUUGCUGGAUGAACGCCUAAACGCAAAAGUUGCUGAUUUUGGUUUGUCCAAGCUUCUGUUGUGA